AUGGCGGACGAGACACAGCCCAGGCCUGUGCGCGACGAGAAGUGGCAGGUGGCGGUGGCCCUGUCGGACCUGAAGUUCUCCGCGGCCCACUUCGUGGCCUUCGAGGGCUUCCGGGAGCCGCUGCACGGCCACAACUACACCGUGGGCCUGCGAAUCGGCUCCCACAGCAUCCAGGCGGAUGGCUACGUGGUGGACUUUGGCGACCUGAAGAAGGCGGCGCGGGACAUCUGCCGGCGCCUGAAUCAUCGCACGCUGCUGCCCGCUCAGAGCAACGUCCUCCGGUUGCAGCAGGGCCCGGACCUGGUGGAGGUGUUCUGCCAGCAGGGGGUGAAAAUGGUGCUGCCCCUGCAGGAUUGCCUGCUGCUUCCGGUGGUGCACACCACGGCGGAGGAGCUGGCGGAGUACAUCGCCAAGGAGGUCAUCAGCCGGAUCGGCGGGCACUUGCGGCAGCGGCGCUGCGACUGGAUUGAGGUUCAAGUCUCAGAGCGCCCGGGGCAAGGAGCGUUCCACAUGGCGUCUCUGGCCUCUGACGGGGUUCCUGUGAGCUUACGGCGGACGCCCCGGCCCUGCAUGUCCCCUGUGAGCGGCAUGGACGGCAUAGACGACUCCCUGGAGGAGGUGCAGCUGGUGACCCCGUCCCGGCCGCUGGCACUGCCGCAGUCCCAGCCGGGCGCCUCCAUCGCUGAGGAGGCCUUUCGCCAGAUCUUGUCGACUUUGGGCCCCCAGGAGUCCUCGCGGCCGGAGCUGCGGAAGACGCCGUACCGCGCGGCCAAGGCCUUCAGGGAGAUGACCGCGGGCCUUCAGGUGCAGGAUCCCUUGGUGGCAGUGGGCGAGGGAAUCUUCGAGGUGGAGGGCGCCCAAGACCUGGUGGCGGUGCGGGACAUCCCCUUCCACUCCAUGUGCGAGCACCACUUGCUCCCCUUCUCCGGGACAGCGCACGUGGCCUACUUUCCGGAUGGCAGGGUCCUGGGGCUCUCGAAGUUUGCGCGGCUGCUUCAGGUUCCCAACUCGCGGCAGACCACAAGUGCAGUGCACAGAUGGGCAGCGAUGGCGAAGCAGCUGGCAAUCUGCAUCUUUUGCCUUCGGGCUGUCGCGCUGCCGCUGACCCCGGUGUCCAUCGGGAAGGGUGGCCCGGCCUGGAUCGGCGGGCCGGAGGGCGCUGUGGGUGUGGUGGUGGUGCCAGAGAUCGGCGCCACUGACCUGGCCAAAGACCACGCAUCAAAGAUUGCGGAGGAGGGCCAGUAUCGGGUGCUCUUGGUGGAUCUCUUCCAGGGCCGGAAGUCCCGGGACCACGACGCCCUCCUCGGGGCGCGGCUGGGCGUCGAGGAUGCGGUGGAGCGGAUCCGCCAUGCCGCGUUCUACCUCAAGGCCCACAAGUCCCCGAAGGUGGGCAUCGUGGGCUUCUGCAUGGGUGGUGCCAUCACGCUUCAAGCGCUCAGCAACAUCUCGGAUCUGAGCUGCGGCGUGAGCUUCCUGAGCGAGGGCUCGAUCCACGGAAUCAGCCUGCAGCCGCCCUCAAGUUGGGAAUGGCCAGAGGAGAAGUGGGUGGCGGUGAACGUGCCGCGCUUGGCGGCGAAGCCGCUGCAAGGCCACUUUGGGGCGCUCAGCGCGAGCUCCCCAAACCCGGAGGCCACCACCGCCAUCUUGCUGCAAGAGCAGCUCCGCGCCGCCGGCGCGGACGCCCGCAUCUUCGUCUACGAGAGCGUUGGGCAUUCCUUCAUGGAUAGCCGGCCGGACCCUUUCCACAGCUUCGAGGAGCGACAAGACGUGGCCGGGUAUCCUCCCUUCGACCCUCACGUGGCGGCGAAGGCCUGGCGCCGGCUCUUCGACUUCCUGGGUUGGCACCUGGCGGGCCGUGCGCCGCCGGAGCGGCCAGAGGAUGAGCCCGCCUUGGCGGACGACGACGCCGAGGAGGGCAUCGAGCAUCCGGAGGCCUCAGACGCCGCAGACUACGCUUCCAGGGACGAUCUUUGA